UCUAGGUGCAAUGUACCUAGGGAGCGGAUUUGGGAAUCGGAAAGUGAUAUGGUACGAUAUGAUUCAAAAGUAACCUACGCUCAUUCUCGUCUUUUAUAACACACACACAACGGGGUCACGAAGAACUCGCUACGAAAGAACAGGGGCUAGCCGUCGUCUAACAACGUAGGAGAAUUGAGAAACGAACGAGUUAACUAUUCCUUCUCCGAUCGAUCGAUCAGAUCAUAGUAUUCCAAUGGCGGCGACGAUCAAGUACGGGAUCAUCGGCGUCGGAAUGAUGGGAAGGGAGCAUCUCAUCAACCUCUACCAUCUCAGAGCAGAAGGCGUAGCCGUCGUGUGCAUUGCCGACCCACACGUCCCUUCCCAACAACAUGCCCAGAAGCUGGCGCUCUCCUUCGACUGGCCUAUCCAGGUGUUUUCCGGGCACAAGCAGCUGCUGGAGAGUGGGCUGUGCGAUGUGGUGAUUGUUUCCAGUCCAAACAUGACUCAUUACCAGAUUCUAAUGGACAUUCUGAACCACCCCAAACCCCAUCACGUUCUGGUGGAGAAGCCUCUUUGCACGUCAGUUCAACACUGUAAACAUGUACUGGAAGCCGCUAGGCAGAGAUCAGAUAUGUUGGUUCAAGUCGGGCUGGAGUAUAGGUACAUGCCGCCUGUGGCUAAACUCAUAAAUCUGGUAAAAACUGGAUCUUUAGGACGUGUGAAGAUGGUGGCUAUCCGAGAACACCGUUUUCCAUUUCUUGUCAAGGUAAACAAUUGGAACCGGUUUAAUUGCAACACCGGAGGCACUCUGGUUGAGAAAUGCUGCCACUUCUUUGACCUUAUGAGGCUGUUUGUGGGUGCGAAUCCUGUUCGUGUUAUGGCUUCCGGGGCUAUGGACGUGAAUCACAAAGACGAAGUAUAUGAUGGGAAGGUGCCAGAUAUAAUAGAUAACGCUUAUGUUAUAGUGGAAUUCGAUAAUGGAUCCCGGGGCAUGCUUGACCUGUGUAUGUUCGCGGAAGGGAGUAAAAACGAACAAGAAAUAUCUGUUGCAGGUGAUAUUGGCAAGGGUGAAGCCUUUGUCCCUGAAAGUAUAGUCCGGUGGGGCAAACGAGAGGAUGGUCGCGACGGUGUCCAAACCAUAAACAUUAAGGAUGAUCGAAUCAAGUAUGACGGUUUGCAUCAUGGUUCUAGCUAUUUGGAGCACCUUCAGUUCUUGGGUGCAAUCAGGGAGGAAGGGAGAAGAGCUCCGGCCGUGGGUUUAGAUGAUGGGUUGAUUUCUGUAGCUAUAGGAGUGGCUGCUCAGCUCUCAAUUGAGAAGGGCAGAUUUGUUGCCAUCAAGGAGGUUCUAAGUGUCUAAGAAACUCAAUCAUGUCUUCUAUUAUU